AUAACACAGGUUUCAAAUGUCGAGAAUCUGUCCCCUCAAAUUAUACGCCUGGUGACAAAAGAAAUUAGUGGGCUGUGUCGUAAUCCACCAGAAGGCAUUAAAGUUUUUAUGAAUGAUGAAGAUGUAACAGAUAUUCAAGCCACAAUUGAAGGACCAGGUGAGAUUAAAAUUAUGAUAUUAAAUGUAGCAAAAUAAAAUGUUCUGUUAUUAAAUGUAGCAAAAUAAAAUGUAUGUACUUUUACAGGACUAUUUAUCUUUCUACCACAUGCAAAUAAACUAUUUAAAUGUAAGAUAAUAAAUAUUAUUGAAAGACUAAAAUAAUUUGCAUUAUUACUUACAUUAUUUUGUAGAGAUUUUAAAAAAGCAUGUUGUGCACGUUACAUGUUUAUUUGUAUCUUAUGAGGUUUUGUAUGUUUCAGCUGGCACUCCUUAUUCAGGCGGAACAUUCAGAAUGAAACUAGUUCUAGGCAAUAAUUUUCCCUCUGAACCACCAAAGGCAUUCUUCCUCACAAAAAUUUUUCAUCCUAAUGUUUCCAGCAAUGGAGAAAUUUGUGUUAACACAUUAAAAAAAGAUUGGAAACCAGAGUUGGGAAUUAAACAUAUUUUAUUGGUGAGUUAUAAAUUUGGCUUAAUUUUUUCUUCUUUCAACCAUUUGUUGUAUUUUUAUAAUUUGCUAUUUUUGUUCUUAUCAUUUACUAAUCAGAACUCUACCAUUCUAAUACAGAAUGUCCAAUUGAAAAUAUAUUUAUUAGAAGUUACUGUUUUAGCUCAGUAUGCUAAGAUUUUUUUUUUUUUUUUCAGACCGUCAAAUGCUUGCUCAUUGUGCCUAACCCUGAGUCUGCCUUAAAUGCUGAAGCAGGAAAGUUAUUGCUUGAACAAUAUGAAGACUACUCCCAACGGGCAAAAAUGUUCACUGAAAUUCAUGCAAAACCUCUGAGGUAUAUUUAUGCUAUUGUUAAGUAUUAUUAUUACUGACUAAUCAGAUCAAAUAGAUAAUGUCUGAACUUCUUUGACUAAUCAGAUCAAAAAGAUAAUGUCCGAACUUCUUUUUUUACUCAGAAGCAUGCACAUGAUAAUUAUUCUGCAAUUUUAUAUUUUCAGAGUGACAGAAGAUAAUUGCUCUUCAGAAGACAAGACAACAGAUGGUCCUUUGGCCAAAAAGCAUGCCGGGGAUAAAAAGCUGCUCGAUAAAAAAAAACGUGAUAAAAAGAAAACAUUAAAGCGUUUGUGACUACUCACCAUUUUCUACCCAUUGCAAUCUGGACUUCAUUAUAUUUAUUCAUCAUGUCACUCACAUUUAAAUAUGUAUACUUUUAAUAGAUGGCAUAGUCUUUUGUUUGGAAAUGACAUGAGCGCUUCUUUUGUCAAUGUCCGGUUGAGUUGAAUGCUGUAUAUGCACCAUGUGUUUAGAGGAAUAUACUUUAAGACCACACUGGAACAGACACAUUUUCCGAUUUAAAAAUGAUUAAUUUAAAAAAAAACUAUUUAAAAGAUGUAAAUUUAACCAGCAAAAGAUUAUAUUAAAAUUUGAAUUUUAAAUCUUACUUGCUUGAAAUGCAUCAUUUUAAUAUCCCCUCCUUCUUUUUUAACUGUCAUACUUGUGACAAGUUCACUAUCAAUUUAUAAUACAGAGUAUACAUUUUUUCUUAGUGUCAUGCUUUGUCUUUACCAAUGGUUAUUUUUUUUAUUUUGACACACCUAAAAAUAUAUAUAUAAAAAAAAUUUAAGGCAUUAGUGCAAAGCCACUAUGUAAUCACAUACUUCAACACAGAUUUGGGGAAAAUGACAGUUAUGACUCCUUUUCCUUUGUGUUUUUAAUUUAUAUACAAUAAAGGACCCUAUUUUAUAUUUUACAAGUAUUUAUAAUUUUGAUGAGUCCUUGUGUCAUUAACAAUGCAGAAACAUUGAAAUAUACAUACCUAGCUCAAGUGGUGAUUACAAUUAACAUUAAUGGAAAAGAGUGGGGGAAAUUUGUUAUUAUAGGAUUACACAUGGUUUGAUUUAUUGUCACAAAAAUUCAAGGAAAUUUAAAAAAACUAUUAUUUAUCUUCCAAAUUAAAUCUAAAUAGAAUUGCUAUUAAACUAUAAAUACUGAUAUCUGUUCAUGUUUGUAUCUUUUUUCAAAGAUCCAUUUUUGCAAAGGUGAUGUCUGUGUUAUUUAUUAAAUAAUUGUACAUAAUUUAUCUCUUGUAGUAUGCAUGGAAUAUUAAUUUCAGCAACUCAUGAGAUAUUAACUUGUAAUUGACACAGAUUUAAUAUAUUCCUCAAGACAUCAGUUUCGAGAAAGGUGUAAGAUUUAAAUGUUGGAUGAUUAUGUGUGAUUGUGGGCAGCUCUUCAUGUUCAUUUAUCGUUUUCAUCAAUAAAGGAUAAAUUGUAAAAUAAAA